CCCUACCUCCUCUUCUGGGGACCAGGGCAGAAUGCCUGUGCUAGAGCGGUACUUCCACUCUGCAGAACUAGGCAGGAGGUGGCCGGCCACGGAAGGUGUGCUGUCCUCCUCCCUCGGCAGCAGGCCGGGGUGCCAGCAGGGGCCGCUACCCUGGGACUUGCCAGAGAUGAUGAGGAUGGUAAAGCUCGUUUGGAAGUCGAAAAGUGAGCUACAGGCAACCAAACCGAGAGGCAUUCUGGAAAAUGAAGAUGCUUUCCACAGCUUCCCAGGAGAUGUACGAUUAAGGGGUCAGACGGGGGUUGCUGCCGAACGCCGCGGCUCCUACCCAUUCAUUGACUUCCGUCUACUUAACAAUACAACACACUCAGGGGAAAUUGGCACCAAGAAAAAGGUGAAACGACUGUUAAGCUUCCAAAGAUACUUCCAUGCAUCCAGGCUUCUCCGUGGGCUUAUACCGCAGGGACCCCUCCACCUGCUGGAUGAAGACUACCUUGGACAAGCAAGGCAUAUGCUCUCCAAAGUUGGAACGUGGGACUUUGACAUUUUCUUGUUCGAUCGCUUGACAAAUGGCAACAGUCUGGUAACUCUAUUGUGUCACCUCUUCAACACCCAUGGACUCAUCCACCACUUCAAGCUGGAUAUGGUGACCCUGCACAGGUUUUUGGUCAUGGUUCAGGAAGAUUACCAUGGUCACAACCCAUACCACAACGCUGUCCACGCAGCUGACGUCACCCAGGCCAUGCACUGUUACCUGAAGGAGCCAAAGCUGGCCAGCUUCCUCACGCCUCUGGACAUCAUGCUUGGACUACUGGCUGCAGCGGCUCACGACGUCGACCACCCAGGGGUCAACCAGCCAUUUUUGAUCAAAACUAAUCACCACCUUGCCAACUUGUACCAGAAUAUGUCUGUACUGGAGAAUCACCACUGGCGAUCCACCAUCGGCAUGCUGCGGGAAUCGAGGCUUCUUGCUCACUUGCCAAAGGAAAUGACACAGGAUAUUGAACAGCAGCUCGGCUCCCUGAUCUUGGCCACAGACAUCAACAGACAGAACGAGUUUCUGACCCGCUUAAAAGCUCACCUCCACAAUAAAGACUUGAGACUGGAGAAUGUACAGGACAGACACUUCAUGCUUCAGAUUGCCUUGAAGUGUGCUGACAUUUGCAAUCCUUGUCGAAUCUGGGAGAUGAGCAAGCAGUGGAGUGAAAGGGUCUGUGAAGAAUUCUACAGGCAAGGUGACCUUGAGCAGAAAUUUGAACUGGAAAUCAGCCCUCUUUGUAAUCAACAGAAAGAUUCAAUUCCUAGCAUACAAAUUGGUUUCAUGACUUACAUCGUGGAGCCGCUCUUCCGCGAGUGGGCCCGGUUCACCGGGAACAGCACCCUGUCGGAGAACAUGCUAAGCCACCUGGCGCACAACAAAGCGCAGUGGAAGAGCCUGCUGUCCAAGCAGCACAGACGCGGGGGCCCGGAGGCCGCGGGGCCCGAACCCGAGGCCCCGGAGGAAGGCGCCGCGCCCUGAGGCCGCCGGAGCCUGCAGGAGCUGCCCCGCCGCAAGCUCUGGGUCGCCCGCACCCCGCGCCUGGCCUGCCGAGGACCGCCCCGCUUCCCUGAGUGUACAGAAGCCAGGUCAGCUCAGCGCUGGCUGCCGAAACGAGCGGCUCCGUCCCUUGGCGGAGCGGAUUCCGGGGCGGCUUCCCCGAUGGAGGAGACUGGGAGGAAGAAAGGGGUGCUCCUGCCGUGUCCCGCUCCGGCCCCCGUCACACCGAGCCGCAGUGGCUCCCAAGGCCAGAGCAUGCUAGGGUUCGCCAUCUGACAGCUGACCUGCAUGACAACACCAGCAUACUCGGAACUGCGAGACUGGUCUUCAGUGCCAGAGCACAGACGGGAGUGCGAGAGAAACUACCUUCUAUUUUAAUAAUAGUUGUUAUUACGAAAUAAUAAUAAACCUUUUUAACUUUUCUAUUUCAUGCACCAGACAAUGGGUCUAGAACUCUGGACUAAGGAAACUCAGUGUACCCAAACCUAAGAGGGGGUUCGUUGUUUUGCUAGUGACUCCAUGCCGCUUCGGGUCAGAGACGCGGCACCUUUGCGGUUUCUGAAACCGUGUUUCCCCUCCCAUCGGGUGGAAGGUGCUGCACAGUUCAUUCCUUUGCACCGUUAGCCAACCUGUCUUUUCCGGAUUCAGCGGCCUGUUUAUAUUCACACGUGUACAUUUUCUGUAAAUACCAAACGCUACUGAUUCCCAUGCCAAAAUACACGAGUAUUAUGGGAUUGCUACCUGUAUAAACAAUGGCACUGUGAACAGAAUACUGUUAGUUUUAAUACAAGAGAAUGCAUUUGUACAUAUGAUAUAGAGUUUAUUGAUAUACUGUUGUUCGCAGAUAAAGGCCUUAACUUUAAAUAUGUUUCCUCUUCCCUAAGCUGCCCAACCUAAAUCCUUACAGCUGUCUUUCUGAACUGCCUGCUCCCGACAACCAUCUCUCUCUGCUUUCCCCACUAAGGUCAGAGGCCGAAAACAGUACUGUCUUGGAGGAAACCUUUUUUGGAAACUUCUCGGGCAUUCCUCUUGAGAUCAUAGUUUUUGGUCUAUGGCACCAAGUAUGGUUUCCUUAGGUUAAUGACGCCCUUUCAGGAAGACACAAGUCACCCUCCAGUGGGGGAACGUUGCACACUGUUUUCACAAACCAGCUGAUAAGCUUGUGUUUAUGUGACUCCUGUUAUGGAACAAGGGGUGCCUCGGCCUCCCAGGAGCCUCAGCAGGUCUCAAAGGCCUUCUGUGACCCUGUCACCUGGCCGUCAGGGAACUCCCUGCUCCCAUGCCACACAUUUGUCUGAUAUGGCUAAAAACCAAAGUCCUUUCGGUCCAUGAUUGGUUGGCGUACAGUUCUUUGGUAUUGAUAGUAACUGGAUAUUUCUUUUUUCUUCUAUAGUUUCAUGUGAACAACUGCCCAACUGUUUUAGCUGAGUUUAAUAUUAUUUAAGUAAAGAAACUAUUUCAGUUUUAUAAGAGACUUUACCUUCCUAGCAGGUCAGUGUGGCUCAUUAAGGCUGCAGCCGGCAGGGUCAGCUCGGAACCGUUGCCCCUCUUCCGCAGGCACUUGGCUGCAAAGCCCUGCGUAUUCCGGUAUUCUUACCCAGCCAAACUGUGCGUUGAGCCUUCUCAGACGCUCUAGCAUGACUCAUGUUAGGUGGAAACUGCCAGUGGCCCUCUCUCUUUACCUUAGCGUGCGGUGGGAGAGGGAGCAUUUCUGCCACGAUCAAGCCGCUUCUCAAGCUCAUCUCCUCAGUGCGAAUGAUGUGGGUCUUUUUGCUUCUCCCUAAUAAUACAAGCGACAUGUUAAAAACUCGACUGGCCUGGACUAUGUUCCUACUGAGAGACUGGGGCUUGCAGACUCAAGGUUUUGGGAGGAAUUGGAAAGUUGAUUAUAUUUUCAUUAAGGUAAGCAAGAUUGUUAGAUGAGGGCUAAGGAAAAGUAUGAAGAGCCUGUGAAAGGGGUGGAUGAAACACUGAAAUCCCUGGUGUGGGUGAAAGGGAAGUUAUGGGAGCUGCACACUAACUUUUGUUUUCUGUGUCAGCCACGGCAUUCUGAAGCUCUGAGCAUAACCAAGUCUUCAGAUGAGAACACAGCAGAUGGAUUCCUGCUUCAAACUCUCAUCUUGGACUGUAGUAGUCUGGUUUAUGCAUAGGAGAGAAAAAUCAAGGAUAUCAAUUGUUCAGGAUGACAAAAUAGAAAUGGUAAAGAAAACAUUGUUUCUGGUCUAAACCUGGGGCUUAGGAAGUAGAUUUUGCUUGAAUUAUAAUUAUAUUUUAAUUUAAUUAGGAUAGGGCAGUCUUAGUAGUUCCAGGUUUAUAGGGCAAAGGUUUUCACAUUGUAAGUUAGUCCUAAAGAUGAGACAAAAAAUAAAUAAAACUACUAAACACCCAGUGGUUAAAACACAUGUUAAUAAAAAUCAGAAGUAAAGAGAGCCUGAUGUAUAAAGCAGACACACCUGCCCUUUUUUUCCUGUCUGGAAACUUCUUGAGCUCUUCAUUUGUUAAAAAAAAAAAAAAGUGAAAACUCUUCUUUUUGCCUGCCAGUGGCUGCCUGGGAGUAAUUUAAUACAGGAUGUCCAAUUCGUAGUGGAGACGUGGCUCUUGAUGCACAUGUCGGCAGAGCUUUCAAAUCUUCAUCUGCUAGCCCACCUAGCUAAUGGAGCAUCAGCUGUUGAGUUACUGAGCUAAUUCCUACAUUGCUUAGAAAGGAAGAACUCAAAGAACUAUUUUUUUUAGUAAGUCAAAGCCAAGAUAUCAGUGAGAGAGAUAAAGAAAAGAGAGGAGGGAGGGAGAGAGAAAAAGUGAACACUGCCAGCCCUGAUAAUCAGCGCCUUCUUCACAGUCAUCAGUACACAGUCAGACCUGAUACGUGAAACCCUGUCAACCCAUACUCCCCUGUUAGGUUAAGGAAAAGCUAGCUGUUUCUCCCUCUCCCUGCUUACAGCUUCCCUGGAAGGGCCUUGGAGCACAUCUGCAAGUCCGUCUCCAGAUAGCCCUUCCUGUAAAACAGUUGUGUGGCCUUUUGUGUUGACUCAGAUCUGCUCACUGACUUGGAUUUGGUUAUGAGCUUGUAUCUCACUGUAAUCCUCAUGCUUUGUUCUUUUAGGACUGUAAAACUGUGUCAUCUUGUGUACACAUGUAAUGUUUGGGGAAAAAAAACAAACUUGUGAGUUUUGCUCAAAAAUGUGGCCGAAAUAUCCAUUGGCAUGUCUAUCCAGAUGAACAUUUAAA